AUUGAAUCGCUCUCCACUCUCCACUCACCGUAAUAUCCGCAAUCAUGUUCACCACACGCGCCGCUAAGCAACUGCGCUCUCCCAUCCUCCGCCAGCUCGGCCGCCGCCAGCUCCACGGCGCCGGCCAGUCAGGCUUCCAGGGCGCUGCCGACAACGCUUUCAACCGCGAGCGUGCUGCCGUCAAGGACCACGCCGCUGCCACCAGUGACCUCUGGCGCAAGCUCUCCAUCUACGUCGUCAUCCCCUCCAUCAUUCUCGGUGGUGUCAACGCCUACCGCCUGUGGCUCGAGCACUGGGAGCACAAGUCCCACGAGCCCCCGAAGUCCGAGCAGCCCGAGUACCCCUACCAGAACAUCCGUACCAAGAACUACUUCUGGGGUGACGGUGACAAGACCAUCUUCUGGAACGACAAGGUCAACUACCACAAGAAGUCGGACGAGUAAAUUAUGCUCGCCUAUUCUUGGAAUGAACAAAGUGUAUCUCUGAGACUCUUCCAAUUUUUGUCCUUUUAGCCAAACACUCC